AGUAAUAUUCUUUCUGGAGUGUAGGAGCCAUUUAACGUCUUCAUCCACAGUGUUGAUGGUGUUUGACUGUGUCCCCCUCUCCGUAGCUCUAUGCUGAGAAAGUCGCCACCCGUGGUCUGUGCGCCAUCGCUCAGGCGGAGUCUCUGCGCUACAAGCUGCUCGGAGGCCUGGCUGUUCGUAGGGCGUGCUACGGUGUUCUGAGGUUCAUCAUGGAGAGUGGCGCUAAGGGCUGCGAGGUGGUGGUGUCUGGCAAGCUGAGGGGUCAGAGGGCCAAGUCCAUGAAGUUCGUUGACGGCCUGAUGAUCCACAGCGGAGACCCGGUCAACUACUACGUCGACACAGCCGUCCGCCACGUCCUGCUGAGGCAGGGUGUGCUGGGCAUCAAGGUGAAGAUCAUGCUGCCCUGGGACCCCAGCGGUAAGAUCGGCCCCAAGAAGCCCCUGCCCGACCACGUCAGCAUCGUGGAGCCCAAGGAGGAGACCCUGCCCACCACACCCAUUUCUGAGCAGAAGGGGGCCAAGCCAGAGGUGCCCGUCAUGCCCCAGGGGGGGACACCUGUGCCCACCGCAUAAGAGGGUUUUCUACCAGAUGGAAACAAGACCUGGUGAUUUUUGUGUACAAAAACAAUAAAAUCUGGAAAAUACA